CGCGUCGCGUCCCGCUUCCGGCCAGCCGGUCGGGUCAGGGUCCUGCGGCUGCAGGUUGCAUGAGGCCACCGCGACUCAUGAAGGUGUUUGUCACCCGCAGGAUCCCCCCCGAGGGCCGGGCCGCGCUCGCCCGCGCCGCAGACUGUGAGGUGGAGGAGUGGGAUUCGGAUGAGCCCAUCCCCAACCAGGAGCUGGAGCGAGGCGUGACCGGGGCCCACGGCCUGCUUUGCCUCCUCUCUGACCGCGUGGACAAGAGGCUACUGGAGGCUGCAGGAGCCAAUCUUAAAGUCAUCAGCACACUGUCCGUGGGUGUCGACCACUUGGCUUUGGAUGAAAUCAAGAAGCGUGGGAUCCGUGUGGGCUACACCCCAGAUGUCCUCACAGAUGCCACGGCGGAACUCGCCGUCUCCCUGCUGCUCACCACCUGUCGCCGGUUGCCGGAGGCCAUCGAGGAAGUGAAGAACGGUGGCUGGACCUCGUGGAAGCCCAUGUGGAUGUGUGGCUAUGGCCUCUCGCAGAGCACCGUCGGCAUUGUCGGGCUGGGGCGCAUAGGCCAGGCCGUUGCUCAGCGUCUGAAACCGUUCGGCGUCCAGAGGUUUCUGUACGCGGGGCGCCAGCCCAGGCCUCAGGAGGCAGCAGCGCUCCAGGCGGAGUUUGUGUCCAUCCCCCAGCUGGCCGCUGAGUCUGAUUUCGUCAUCGUGGCCUGCUCCUUAACGCCUGCAACCACGGGGCUCUGCAACAAGGAGUUCUUCCAGCAGAUGAAGACAACGGCUGUGUUUGUCAACAUCAGCAGGGGAGACGUGGUAAACCAGGAUGACUUGUACCAGGCCUUGGCCAGCGGUCAGAUUGCAGCUGCUGGACUGGAUGUGACGACCCCAGAACCACUGCCUACAGACCACCCUCUCCUGACCCUGAAGAACUGUGUGAUCCUGCCCCACAUUGGCAGUGCCACCCACAGAACGCGAAACACCAUGUCCUUGUUGGCAGCUAACAACUUGCUUGCUGGCCUGAGAGGGGAGCCGAUGCCCAGUGAACUCAAGCUGUAGCCAGACAGGAGACAAACAGCGCCCUGGGAACUGCUGGAUGUGCCCAGGCUUGGACUAGACCCUCAGGAUGGAGCCAAAGUCCAAUCUGUACUGAUUCUGCAAGGGGAAGACUAGUGCUGAGAGAUGUGCUUGCCCCCCUUUGUGGUUGGAAAUUUCUGAGCCAGAAGUAUGUAAUCCUAUUAAAUAAUUCUCUGAGA